CCGCGCCCUGGGCCCACUGUGUGACCCCCUCCUCCUCCCCCCUCCUCCCCCCCACCCCCCCUCCUGCUCUGGACCCCCCGCCCCUGGGAGAGCCAGAAGAGGCGGGGGGUCAGGGCGCCAUGGUAACCCACAGCAGGCCCCUUCCCCCCGCCAUGAACAGCGUGACCCCCCCAGAAGCCAGGGGUCAGGGGUCAAACAUCACCCCUCACCGCUACAAACCCUUCAGCUCACACGCCCACUACCAGCAGGUGAUGUGUGCCCUGCGUAAACUCGAGGAGAGCGGCUUCUACUGGGGGCCCGUGGGGGGCCGCGAGGCGGGGUCCCUGCUGCGCUCGGAGCCCCCCGGAACCUUCCUGGUGCGCGACUCCUCGGACCACCACCACUUCUUCACCCUGACGGUGCAGACGAGCCACGGGACCAAGAACCUGCGCAUCCACAGCUCCGGAGAGGGGGGCUUCUUCCUGCAGCCUGACCCCUGCUGCGGCCUCACACCGCCCCGCUUCGACUGCGUGCUCAAGCUCAUCUCCCACUACAUGGGCAGGGGGGAGGGUGGAGGAGGAGGGGGGGAGGCGGGGGUGAGUGUGUACCUGAUCCACACGGGCGGGGAGCGCGUGCCUCUGGAGCUGCGGCGCCCGCUGCCGUCCUCCCUGUCCUCGCUGCAGCACCUGUGCAGGAGGACGCUGAACGGACGCACGCCGGGGUCGGAGGUCACGGAGAGACUCCCGCACGCGCUCAGAGACUUCCUGGAUGAGUACGACGCUCCCAUCUGAGCACUGGGGGGGAGGAACUGCUCCCUGGGGGGAGGGAGGGGCGAUGUGGGCAAAGUUACUCUUCGACAGACGGAAGUCUGAACGGUUCUGAAGGGGCUGGAGGCAUGUUGGCCUGGACACAGCAGGAUUCUGAAGAGACCCGUGUGGGUUACCCCCCCCCCCCCCCCCCUUUCUCCAACCUGGUGUCUCAUGGUCAGACCAAGCCAGGUAAACACCAGGAUCAAUGUUCCCUGGUGACUGGCUCACACUCAGACCAGACUCUCGUUGAACAUUAGCCUGACAGGUUAUCACGAUGGCAGUGAGCUCUGGCUCUGAACAUCACACGGUUCCCUGGAGCUUCUCUGCUGGUUCUCUGCUGGUUCUCUGCUGGUUCUCUGCUGGUUCUAGGAAUGAGAAGUCUCUGGUCUGAUGUUGGUGAUGAAGCUGUCAAGGCUUGAAUCUGGCUACAGACUGGCUGGAGCACCAGAGGGAGAGAGAGAGAAGAGAGAGAAGAGAGAGAGAAGAGAGAGAUAGAUCAAGAGAACAGCAGUCAAUGUCAGAGCAAGGGGUCCAGAGCAGAGAAAGUAUGUGUGUGUGUGUGUGUAUGUGUGUGUGUGUACGUGUGUGUGUGUGUGUAAGUCUACACAUUUCCACUGCUGUGUGCCAAGAAGCAUUGCCUCAUAGAAGGGUGUGGGGCAUCAGGCUUGACGACAACCACUAGCCUCACUCUCUCACACACCACACACACACACCACACACACACACACACAGCUUCUAUAUGCUUGUCUGCUUGAGGUAGCUUUUGCAAAAAGUGUGAUGUGGUGUCCAUUAUUUUAGAAGAUUCUCCCUCUCUUUCUGACUCCCCCCUCUCCUCCCCUUUCCCCCCCCCUCCCUUCUCCUCCCUCCCCUCCCCAUCUCCCUGGUUUCUGUGAGAGGGCAUGUCGUGAGAGAGCGUGUCGUGAGAGAGCGUGUCGUGAGAGGGCGUGUCGUGAGAGGGCGUGUCGUGAGAGGGCGUGUCGUGAGAGGGUGUGUCGUGAGUGAGUGUGUUGUGACAGUGACGUUGUGCAGAACCAAGUCUUGGCAGGCAGCUCCAGACAUAGCACAUCUUAUUUUAGUCCAGCUCGGCAAAAAAACAACAGAACAAACACAAUAACAAACUCAACAACGGCUGCAGGAUAAUGACAUAUGUGACAGAGGGAGAGGAAGGAAAGGGGGGGGGGGGGGAGGAGGGGAGCACGGGUGAAGCAGUCAUUCUAAAAAAAAAUACGAAUAAAAAAAAAACAGACUCGGAAGGAAACGAUGCAACCGGACAGGAAGUUGUUGAUGCAGAACCACGAGCAGCCCUUAUUCUGGGAUCCUGUUUACUGCCUCAUUACCCCAGCUAGUCUCCUUGUCUGUCUUUCACCAGAACCCCGCUUCUCUUUGGCACGAAAGCAGCAUCUGUCGGCUGUCUGGACUGGCUGUGUGUGUGUGUGUGAGCGUGUGAUGGUCUUUAUGUAUGCGUGUCAGCUUGAGAGUGUGUGUGUUUGUGUGUUACUCCUCUGAAUCGGUGUGUGAGUGCCGGGGCUGCAGCUUGCUGUCUUCCUGAGGGUGUCAACCUGCCAAAUCAACAACAUUUACAUGUCAGACCUCCUACUCACAUGUAGAGAUUCAUCUGUCUUUUACAAAGACACAAGCUUGUCAGUGCAAGCUGAACAUUCUGGAAGAGAAGACAAAAAGUAUUACAACAACAACAAGAAAUGAACAAAGUAACUUUGCACAUAUUUAUAUUUCUAAGAUAUUUCAAUAAUUUAUAUUAAAGAGCACUAUUUUUACAAAAGGAA